AUGACCCAACCGACGGCAACAACUGUUCUCUUGUCUCCAGAGACCACUCCAGGCUAUGUUCAUGUUAAUGGUCUGACAAGAGAGAGCGCAAAGAUUGUAUCCGAAUUGCUCACUAAGAACCAUACUUUAUACAAGACGCGAUGGAAGCUCACUCUUCACAAUCAUCUCACUCACCACCUCCUUGCUAUGUGGGCACUGGGAGCGACCACGGCUGAGAUCCAGGAUAUGUGGGAUUACAACACGCCUUAUCAAGAUGACAUGAACCCCGGAUACCCAGAGGCAUCUUCCAAUCAUGGUCUGCAAGAUCCAGAGAUUUUUGAAAAGUGUCUGGGGAUUGACGAUUGCUACCCGGAUUUCCUCAAGUUUUUCGAGGAAGAAAUCACCAGCAAGGGAAUGCAGGAAGUUGUCAAGGAAUAUCUCUUUAAGGGAGAUGAGCGAGCGAAUGACAUCCUAGGCCGCAUGUUUUCGGAUCUUGUCCAUCCGAUGAUUCACCUUGGGUGUGGCAUUGAAUUUAACCAGCCGAGUCUCGUCGCAGAAGCGCUGGCCGGAGCCUGCGUUCACGAUAACUGGCCCUCGAGCGUCCUUUUCCCCACAGAAGAAUACGUGCGUGCAAACCCGGAAAUACAAUCUAAAUCGAUGCUCCAAGUCCUUUAUUCCCUCCAGGCAGAUAGCCAUAUUUGCACAGGAACGAGAGAGGACGACCCUUUCAACAAGAUUCCCGACGGCUUCCUCAAGCGCGUCACACCAACGCAGCUGGUACCCUACCUCAGCCAGCUCCAGGUCAAGCCUGAGCCCGAGGACCUCAAACUUAAGCUAUCAGACAUGAUGCACACCUCCGCAUACAUUCUGGGAGCUGCCCAGCGCCCGGGUAAACGCGAAGCCAUGGACUUUGUGACUCUCCAUGCGGCCACACUGGCAGCAUUCUUUCCUGCAAUUUUGGCCCAGGACUGGCUGUCCAACGAGGACAAAGCACGACUGCUCGAAGCCACAGCACGUGUCGAUGCAGUGAUGUAUGCUGGUACAACGUGUCCACCCCUGUACGCCGACCGAGUGGUCAACUACAUACCACAACAUCCGACGCAUGGGUGGUCUGAGCUGUUCCAUCGCGCAAAUGUCUACCGUGACGAGGGUCACGCUGUCAAGUUGCUUCGCGCUCUGUAUGCCCUAGAACCGCUGGAGCUAGGACCGGAUUUUCCGAUCGCAAAGAACGAUUUCUUCAAGAUUGCGCACAUGGGGAUUGACUCCAUUGAGCGGGCGAUGACCGAGGAAGAUGGCAAUUAUGUGCCUAAGGAGGUCGCUGCCGGGGUCCUUCAAAGGGUUGGGCGUGGAGGAGAAAUGGUGGUCGGCAACAUGACCCGGUGGGUGUUUUAUGGCGGGCUGCCCAAUGCUUGGAGACAUGUACCUGCAAUAUAA